AUGGCCAAAUAUCCUAUGCAGCGUAGACUUAACCGAUCAGCGGCGCAUCGGGCGGCUCUAUUGCGAAAUCUCGUAACUUCUUUAUUCGAGCACGAAUCAAUUUCAACCACUUGGCAUAAAGCGAAAGAGGCCCAAAGGUUGGCCGAGAAGUGCGUGACUUGGGCUAAAAAGGGCACAGAGGCUGCCAAAGUCCAGAACCGAGAUAUAAUUCCGAAGCUAUUUGGUCCUAUUGCGGAAAGAUAUAGGGAUCGUCCUGGAGGCUAUACUCGUGUGCUGCGGAUAGAACCCCUCGCGACUGACCAGGCACCCUCUGCUAUCCUCGAGUUGGUCGACGGCCCAAAAGACAUGCGAUUUGCCAUGACAGCGGCCACUAUCGCGAGAUGUUCUUCGGAGGAUAAGGAACUUAGUGAUAUCACUCUCAAGAAUAUUAAAAAGGUUACACGGUUUAGAAAGGAUGGAGAAAGGAAAUUGAGCGAAAUGGUAGAAAAGCUUAGCAAACGCCAACGGGGGCAUGAGGAGUGUUGCAUCCCAGACAACGGGGAAAUACCAUAUAAGGAUCUAAAUACAUGUACACCACUGCAUCAUGUGAAAUCACUCGGCUUUAAUAAAGACGAAGCUCUUAUCCAGCGCCGUGAUUUCAAUUUACUCAGUAGCCGUAAGCUGCCUAUUGAGGUAGUCUCUGGAGUUUCAUACCAGUGA